CUUUAACCAGGAAACCGUUAUAGGCGCGUCUCUCUCGUUUCACCUUCUUUGCAGGAGCUUGAUUGACAGGUGCCGGCCUCUCCCACCGCAGCAUGGACAGUGAAGACGCCCAUGAAGGGCGGGGGCUUUUCGGAGCGCAGUCGCCCAAUCCAGCCAUGAGUAUAAUUGGAGCGGAGGACGAGGACUUUGAGAAUGAUAUUGACCCUACUGUGGAUGAUCGGUGCAUUCACUUUACCAGCAUUGAACUGCUGAAGACAAGGCCCACACACCUCCUGGUUUUCAUCCAACAUGUCAUCUUACAGUUUGACUGUGCUCCUGUGCUGUGCUUCCUCCAUGCUGACCUCUUCAGGAACAUGAAUGCCAAAGAAACCAAGAAGCACUUUGCUGAGUUUUACCAAAACUUCCUGGAUAAAGGAGCAGUCCUCAGAGUACAAGUACCAGCAAACGUAGCGUAUGAAUUGGAGCGAACUCGUCCUGAUAUGUUGAGUGAGGACGUGCAGAAGCGCUUUGCUCAGGAGGUGCAGAACCUUCAGAUCCAGGAGGUAUUUAGACAGCUGGACGAUUUCAGGCAGAAGAGGAUGAUGGGAAUGACGCCGAACGAGAGCGAGCUGGCGGAAGUGGAGAACCACUAUCCCACCGACCGCGUUCCCAUGGAGAUGAAGGAGAAAGCCAUGGCAGAGGGCCUGCUGGACAAAAUGAGCGAGAUGAGCCCCUCCAUCGUGGCAGAUGAAGAAAAAUGCUCUGCUAUCUUUGCAGCAGUGGCUUUCUACAUGAAGCACUUAGGGGUGAAGACGAGAGCGGCCGACACCAAGAAGCCCAGAAACUUCUUCAAAAAGAGGCUCUUGAAGAAACCCGAGGAGCAGCCGCAAAAGCCAAAGCAGAGGUUUAACAACCUCCUCACUGAGGCGGGACGCUGGAUAGGCGGCAACAAUGUGGAAAACAAAUCGAGUAAAUCGGACACUGAAGGUGACAGUAAGAAUAAUGAGAAGAAGUCUUCCAGUGGAUCUGCUCCCUCUCGGGGCUUUUCGUCUGAGGGGAGCUCAUCUUCCAUAAGCCGGAAAACAGCCUCCACGGGUUCUGCCAGCAUCGCGGGGUCAGAUGUCAGUGAAGGGUCGGGGAUCAACAUCAGCGUCACUUCCAGCCCAGACUCUCCCCACAGUGAAAUAGGACUGACCAGCAGUCGCUCGGACCCCCAAUUUGUUCCAGAGGGGGGUGACGUGUCUCCUGCCGUCCCCAGUGUGGGGUUGUGUAUGUGGGAACCCCCGUCUGCUUCAGAGGCUCCUAUUGAUGACAAUCAAGACAAAGAAAGACGCAAGAUAAGGAACGUACGACGUAGCGAGAGCCUGUGCGUGGAACGCCGGCAGUCUCGCCGCAGCGGCUCCACCCGGAAUAAACAUCAGUCUCGUUCCCGUAGCGACGUGGACCUGCAGGCAGCCGCCUCUGCCAACCCACCCCCUUCUCCCUCACCUCACCCUCUCAGCGUCGAAGGAGGGUUCAUCCCAGCAGAGGGCUCUGCGGUUGGCCCCGCCUCUGGCCCCUCCCCGCAGCAGGAGGAGGUGGAGCCACGUCUGCUGGAGCUCGACCAAGACCCACCCAACUGGAGAGAACAGGCCGCCGCAGAGGCGCUUGCCAACCUAAAGAAGAGCGAGACCAAGAGACAAGAAGUCAUCAACGAGUUGUUUGCGACGGAGCAUGCCCAUGUGCGGAUGCUGAGUGUGUUGCAGACUGUGUUCUCCCGUCCUCUGGAGAGAGAGGAAAUCAUGACGGGCACUGAGCUAGCCACUAUCUUCCCCAACCUGGACGAAAUCUUUGACAUGCACUUUGCGUUUUACGAGAACCUGAAGAAGCUGCGUCAGGAAGAUGACUUCAUCGUUAAGAACAUCAGCACCACACUGCUCAACAGAUUCAGUGGAUCAGAGGGGGACUGGUUUCAGAAGCUGACGGCCAGGUUCUGCAGUCAUCAGUCCUGGGCUCUGGAGCAGAUUAAGAGCAGACAGAAGAGAGAUCAACGUUUCAACGCUUUCAUACUGGAAGCGGAGAGUAAACCUCAAUGUCGGAGACUGCAGCUGAAGGACAUCAUCCCCAUAGAGAUGCAGAGACUGACCAAAUACCCUCUGCUCCUGGAGAACAUUGCCAAAAGCACAGAGGACAACACAGAGAAGGAAAACAUCCUCCAUGCAGCGGAGUGCUGUCGUAAGAUCCUAAACCAUGUCAACGAAGAGGUGAAAAACAUGGAGAACCUACUGACUCUGAAAGAUUACCAGCGUAGACUGGACACCACAGGCCUGAAGCCCAGUAAUGAACUCUACACAGAGUACAAGAGUAUUGACCUGACCACCAGGAGAAUGCUGUAUGAGGGACCUCUGGUCUGGAGAGUCACCAAAGAGAAAACUAUAGACGUGCAGUGCGUGUUGCUGGGGGACCUGCUGGUUCUCUUUCAGAAGCAGGAUGAUAAGAUGCUGUUGAAGUGUCAGAGUAAAAGCAACAUCAUCCCUAACGACGGCAAACAGAUGCUCAGCCCCAUCAUCAAACUCGACUCCGUCUUCCUCCGAGAGGUGGCCACCGAUCGGAAGGCUCUCUAUGUGAUCUUCACCUGGGAGAGCGGCGCCCAGAUCUAUGAACUGGUGGCUCAUUCAGUGGCAGAGAGAAAACACUGGUCAGACGUGAUCAAAACGGCGGUGGAGGAGCUGAAGAAGAGCGGAGGUUCUACCAUAGACAGGAAAAGGCUGGGCAGCAUGCCCUUCACAAGUAGCAUGGCCCUCUACAGCCCCAGCCAAUUGAAUCCUCCUCUCAGCCCAACAGAGAACGGAGGAGACUCACUGAAAAACAGCAGCGAUCGAGACAAGGACAGCCUAACGGACGAAAAAGGCACAGACCCCAGCCCAUCCCUGCUGGACUUCCUCACAACCAACGGCAUCGACCUGCCACUGGAUCCCAGCGCUGCCCCCCCAGAGAAAGCAGCUGGGAGUGCACUGGACGAAGUCAUGUCUCUGAAAAGGCUACUGGUUGGAAGUAUCAGCCUAUCGGAAGACUCUGUCGGAGAGAACGGAGGGGCGGGGCCUGAUGGGCACAGCCAAGAGACCAGCGAAUGUCAAUCAACAGAGGAGGACCCUCACGCCGACGGGCAGACGGGCGGAGAAGGUGACGUCGGGUCGCAGAGAGAAGAGGAGGAGGGGAUCAGUGCUCCUCUGGUUCUCUCGCAGGAGAGACUGGAGGAGGUGCGCAGGAGGCUCCAGAACCUGGAGGGCACACUGAAGAAACUGCAGAGUGUUGAAGAGGACCAUCACAGAUUGCAGGAGGCUGUUGCGAAAUAUCUUCAGGGAGGCAACUACCACUGAGAAACAUCGCCAUCUGCUGGACACCAGAUCACGCUAUGUGCUGGACUUGAGUGUGAAGAGUUGCUUUUGGAGGGUUUGAUUGUUAAAUGCUGCCUGGAUUUUCCUGCUAGCUCUACUCUCAGCAAUAGACCUCUUUUCCUUAGUCUUGAACAGAGAUUGACAGAAGGCCUCAGCCAUACGCCUGGUCCCUUAGAGUUUCUGGAGGAGGGGAUUUGCUUGAGAGUACAUUGAUUUGGAAAUGCGUGUGCGUGUGUAUGUAUGUAUGUGUGUUUGUAUGUGUUUGUGAGUGUGAGAGAAAUAAUAGUGCCAAAGAGCAGAGCAAUAGUUUUCUUUUCGAGAGAUGCUGCCUUGGCUUUUGUUAAUUACAAAGUGUUUUAACACACAUAGACACACACUGACAAGACCCAUUCACCCUUGAAAGCAUGACAAAACUAGAGAAUUAUCAAAAAUAGCAUAGUGUUUAGCUGAAUAUAUGUAUACAGUCAGAAGACAAGAGUAUAUUAUAUGUGUAUUUAUGCAUGCAAAAUGAAAUGCUUGACAAGAAGAAGAAAAAAACAAACAAAAACGAAAAUACCUGGUUUGCACUUCUCAUUUUCUAUUGACGUCAACAGUGACAAACAACACUGAAUUCCGAAUCUGUAUGCGUCUGCUCUUCCAGAUAUUUAUUAUGCCAAACUAGUCAUUACAAAAUAGGUUUGA